AUGUCUUUCAAAUUAACCGUAGCUGGGAAGUCUGCUACUAUCCCAUACCCUACUUUGAUUUCAGUAUUUUUCAUCAACUCCAGUGAUAUUGAUGUAUCAAUUCCUGUCGAAUUUGUUGAUGAUAAAUCCGUUGACUCCAAGACACCAACAGCAGCCAUUAAAUUAGUCACACCAGGUGGGGAAACCUUCAUUGACCAAUUAGAUGCUUUGGACUAUUUAGCGCAAACAUUCUCACAAGUGCUUUUGGAAAAGUCAAAGUCACAAGAGUGGACUAAAUUAGCAUUGGAGAAGUUUUACACCAAAAACUUUAAAGAUUUAGCCACUGACUUGGAGAAGCUCGAUGCGCAUUUGAACUUUAGGUCUUACAUUAUUGGCUACCAAGUUACUUUGGCUGAUAUUGCCUUAUGGGGUGUUUUACGUGCAAACCCUAUCAUGGCUUCUGUGUUGAAGAGUGAAACAUACCCUAAUGUCUCAAGAUGGUACAACUUCUUAGCUCAAAGUGACAGCAGGUUCGACAAGUCUGCUGAAUUACUCACUAACUCCUUGAAUGAGUUGAGAAAGGCUGCCAAAAAUGCCAAGGCAUCAGCCGGUGGCAAGAAGGAAACUCACAAGGCUAGUUUUGAAAUUGACUUGCCCGGUGCAGAAGUUGGUAAAGUUGUUACUCGUUUCCCACCAGAACCAUCUGGAUACUUGCACAUUGGACAUGCCAAAGCCGCCAUUUUGAAUGAAUAUUUUGCUCAUGCCUACAAGGGUAAAUUAAUCAUCAGAUUCGACGAUACCAAUCCAACCAAGGAGAAAGUUGAGUUUCAAGACUCUAUUAUUGAAGACUUACAAUUGUUGGGUAUCAAGGGUGACAGAAUUACCUAUUCAUCUGAUUAUUUCCAGGACAUGUACGAGUUAGCAGUAAAAUUGAUCAAGGACGGAAAAGCUUACUGUGAUGACACUCCUUCAGAAAAGAUGAGAGAGGAAAGAAUGGUUGGUGAUGCAUCAGCUAGGAGAGAUAGAUCGGUUGAGGAAAACUUGAGAAUCUUUACCGAGGAGAUGAAAAAUGGUACUGAAGAGGGUUUAAAGAAUUGUUUAAGAGCCAAGAUCGACUACAAAGCUUUAAACAAAGCCUUGAGAGAUCCUGUUAUUUACAGAUGCAACUUGACGCCUCACCACAGAACCGGUACUGAAUGGAAAAUGUACCCAAUCUACGAUUUCUGCGUCCCUGUUGUUGACUCCAUCGAAGGUGUCACCCACUCUUUGAGAACUAAUGAAUAUAGGGACCGUAACCCACAGUAUGAAUGGAUUCAAAAGGCUUUAAACUUGCGUCCAGUUGCAAUUUGGGACUUCGGAAGAGUCAAUUUUGUUAGAACAUUGUUGUCAAAGAGAAAAUUACAAUGGUUUGUUGACAAAAACUAUGUUUCCAACUGGGAUGACCCAAGAUUUCCAACUGUUAGGGGUGUAAGAAGAAGAGGAAUGACUGUCGAGGGUUUGAGAAACUUUAUCAUGGCCCAAGGUCCAUCUAAGAAUAUUAUCAAUUUAGAUUGGUCUGUUAUUUGGGCAUUAAAUAAAAAAGUUAUUGAUCCAGUUGCUCCAAGGUUUACCGCUGUUGAAGCUGAAAAUGCAGUGCCAGUCAAAUUGUUGAAUGGACCAUCAGAGCCAUAUACUGAAUCCAAGCCAAAACAUAAAAAGAAUCCAGAUGUGGGUACUAAAUCAGUCAUUUUUGCCAAUCAAGUUCUCAUUGACCAGGCUGAUGCUGAUUUGACAGAAGGUGAAGAAGUCACUUUCAUGGAUUGGGGUAACGUCAUUGUAUCCAAGGUAGUCAAGGAGGGUGACGUCGUCAAAUCGGUUGAGGCCAACUUGCACUUGGAAGGUGACUUCCGUAAGACUUCGAAAAAGUUGACUUGGUUAGCUAACACCAAAGACAAGAUUAAUGUUGACUUGGCUGAUUUCGAUCAUUUAAUUACCAAGGACAAGUUGGAAGAAGAAGAUAAUUUUGAAGAUUUUAUCACUCCCGAGACUGAGUUCCACACUAAAGCAUUUGCUGAUUUGAACAUUGCCAAGUUGAAGUCUGGUGACAUUAUUCAAUUCGAGAGAAAGGGUUACUACAGAGUUGAUGUACCAUAUGAAGAAGGUAAAUCUGCUGUUUUGUUUAGCAUCCCGGAUGGUAAAACCGUGUCAAGAUACGGUGCCAAGAAGUAG